AUGCCCAAGAAGGAUAGAAAGAGGAAACCGGAAGAAUAUUGCCAAAUGAAGCCGCUGAGAGACUGUUUAAGCCAGAAUGAUGGUAAAAUAGAAAGAUGCGUAAAGGAGGUAGAGAUUUUUGAAAAAAGCUGUGACUCAGGGCGACAGUAUUUCCAUACGAGAGAGGGGCUCGACGAUAGCAAGUCGGGACUUUUUUCAGGAAAACGCCACUUGUAA